AUGUGUAAUCCUCGUAAUGUUGAUUAUUACGCUGAUUUGAAAUUAAAUUAUUUUAGACAAGAAGAUUACAAAGAAUUUAUGUAUUCUUUAAAUGCAACUCACAUAAUCAAAUGGGCUUUGAUUAAAAUGUUUCUAAGAACGUGUAGGGAUCUUGAAUCUUUAUCUAUUGAAGGAAUUCUUCCCGACAGUUUAUUAGAUAUAAUUUGUAGAUUCACUACUGUUACCAACUUGAAAAUUGCUUAUAAUUCCUUGA